CCUGAGGUUGGCAAUUCGUUAAACCUUAAUCCAAAUAUUCCUGGUGAAUGAAAAUCGUGCUUUUCAAAUCUCAUGAAUUUACGUCCAGUCAUGCUCUCUCAAGUAAUAUGCGGUCACGGCGUGAAACUCGUCGAGUGAGAAUGUCGAUUUCUAGAAGAGUGCAGAUUGCUAGCAGGUAUAAAUAAUGAAUGCUGAAAGUAUUAUGACGCCGGCCUCAAUAGAACCACGGCGGCAAGAGCUAAGGCUUUUCUUAUAAUAGUCUGGAGAUCGGCGCGCGGCGCUUCCAUCUGCUGGCAACGCGGUCAACUGUGAUCGAAUGCCCCAGCAAUUAAACUGGUACCUACAGCUUUUAUUAACGAACGGAGUCAUGCGUUAAUCGCCGCUAAUUCCCAUCCGCACCAAUCACUGGCGAGGAUCAACGAGAACCAGCCGCGUCCGCUCGGUUUGUAAAACCGGCGCGGUCAUCCCGGGGCGAAUAAGCUCGGAGUCAGGUUGCUAAGGAGAGAUUUUUGGAAAUCGGCAACCAUAACGAGCGUCGACGGGGUAAACGGGGCCAACGGGGCUUUGAAUAGUGGUGCGACGUUCAGCUACGCGGGUCGCCAGGCCGGCUCGGGGGGGCCGGGCCCGGGUGGAGUGAUGAGCUGCCCCGAGGUCAUGUACCAGGCCUACUAUCCGUACCUGUAUCAGCGGGCCCCGCCGCCCCCGCACCCGAGCCACCCCCAUGCCGUAACCCACCCCCAUGCCCAGGGCCACGCCGGCCCCCAUACCGCCCACGCCGCGCACGCUGCACAUCCGGCUCAUCACAGUCCUGCGAGACCCGCGCCCUUUCAACCCUUUUCCACGGCCUCUGCCACCCACCAGUACGACAGGCUAAACGUCCACCAAAGAUCGCUGGAAGCAGCGGGCCUCGAGCUUUGUGGCGGCGGAGGAAGUGUGCCACAGGGUCAACCCAGUAGCGCUGGUUCCGUCGGGUCCGCACCCAGCCCGGCAUCCCCUAGACCUACGCCUCAGCCGCGACCCCCCCUGGCAACGACCACCUCGCAGGGAUCCCGGGCCCUCGACGACGAAAGAUCAACUGACGCCGUGGGUGGCGGUGGUACGGAGGAUUCGGACGACGGAGAAAGCAGGGCGCAAUACCUGAACGCAAACUGCGUGGUAUUCACCCAUUACCGAGGAGACGCAGCCUCGGAGGUCGACGAGCACUUCCAGAGAGCUUUGACCCACGACAAGUUGAAAGAAAAUACGUCUCCGAUGUCAGCGAGAAAUUUUCCACCGUCGUUUUGGAACAGCCAACAUCCCGGGGACGUUUACGACUAUCCCACGGAUCCGUGGCAUCCUCAUUAUCCGCAAUAUCACCACAGAGCCGUCCACGAGUACCAUCACCACAAUAUGGCGGCGGCGGCGGGGUACGGCGGCCUCUUACUCGGCGGGGCCCGGGGGCUGGGGCAUCACACGUCACACCACGCAGCAGCCGCCGCCGCUCACCACGCGCACGCCGCCGCCUCCUACAAAGACUGGACGUCCGCCACGCCGCCGCAGUCCCUGGUGGACCCGGCGGCUGCGCCACCCUAUCCCCACGGCCCUUACGCGCCCCUUCCUGGUCUGGAGUCGCAGGUGCAGGACUCGAAGGAUCUCUACUGGUUUUAGGAUACCGCGUGAAAAACGGCCGAGUUUACUUGCUCGAAUGAAAUUUGUGUCUUAUGUGUAUACAUCGUGCCAUGUAUACGAACGACGAAUUUCUUUUGGGGCUUGAUCGCGGAGAAGUCGCUACCGGAGGACGGGAGACGUGAUGGACAAUUUGUAGAACAAAAUUUACUAAAUUUCUUAUCGAAUAACAGAAAAAAUACAAAAUAUAUCAAAACUAAAGAGAGAAAAAGAACAGAUAGAAAAUAACAUAACUAGUGAAAUAUAAAUGACGCCGUUCUUGAGUGUUCGUUUAAUAUUAAGGGCCUUGGGGCAACAUGACCUAUCGAAAGGACUCUGUUAUUAUACUGUUGAAUAAUAAGUAAUAAUCAUAAUGAUAACAAUAACAAUAUUAGUUAUUAAAAUAGCGUUGAAGUGUACAUAGUGUUACCUAAAUCUUGUAAGGAUCUACUAUCAAUUAUAUAUAUAUGUAAUUAUUCAUAUAUAUAUAUA